AUGUCCGAAAAGUCCCCCCCAACCUCAACAGCCCCCUCCCCUUCCAGCCCGCCGCCCUACCCCUCUCCCUCCGACCCCUCCCCCUCCCAUCCCCCAGCAAAGCCCAAAUGGUACCGCAGCACCACCUACAACGCGCUCAUCCUCGGGCUCUGCAACUUCCUCGCCCCGGGGCUCUGGACCGCGAUGAACUCCCUCGGGGGCGGCGGCAGCGAAUCGCCGUACCUCGUCGACGCGGCCAACGCGCUCACCUUCUGCCUGAUGGUGGUCUCGUGCCUCUUCGGCAGCGCGAUCGUGCGGCUCAUCGGCGUAAAAUACACGCUCAUGCUGGGGACGGUCGGCUACGCGCCCUACGCGGCGGGGCUGUACACGAACAACCGGUUCCACAGCUCGUGGCUGCUGCUCCUGGGCGCGGCGCUCUGCGGCCUCAGCGCGGGCAUCUUCUGGCUCGCGGAGAGCAGCAUCGCGCUCGCGUACCCGGAGCCCGCGCGGCAGGGCUUCUUUCUGGGCCUGUGGCUCUCCUUCCGCGUCGGGGGCCAGAUCCUCGGCGGCGCCAUCAACCUCGGCCUGAACGUCGACCGCAACACCGCCGGCAGCGUCAGCUACGCCGUCUUCCUGGUCUUCGUGGCCCUGCAGGCCUGCGGCCCCAUCGCGGGGAUGCUGCUCACGCCGCCGGAGAAGGUCCAGCGCCGCGACGGCGUGCGCGUGCAGCUGCGGCUGUCGGAGGACGGGGUGCGCGCGGAGCUGAAGCAUACCGUCCGCCUCCUCGGCACGAAGAACGUGCUCCUCGUCCUCCCGCUAAUCGCCCAGGCCAUCUACACCGAGGCCGUCAUGUUCACCUACCUCGAUCUCUGGUUCAGCGUGCGCGCCCGCGCGCUGGCCAGUUUCCUGUCCGGGUGCUUGGCCCUCCUGGCGGGGAAUGGGCUCGGGUAUGUGCUUGAUCACUCCCGCGGGAGCCUGAAGGGGAAGGCGAGGGGGGUCUUUGCGGUCGUCAUGACCCUGCAGGGCGGCGUGUGGGUGUGGGCCACUGUGAUUACCUCGAUUUACCGGGAAAAGGACCAGGCGGCGCUCGACUGGGCGGAUCCCGGGUUUGCGAGGGGCUGGGUGCUCUAUCUCUUCUGGGUGGCCAUGUUUCAGGUCAAUUAUAUGUACUUCGUGGUGGGCAACUUGGCCCGCAACAAGGGCGAGGUGGUGCGGUUGUCGGCCCUCCUGCGCGGGACUGAGUCGGCCGUGCAGGCGGUUUCGUACGGGCUGAGCAGCGUCGGGGUCAUGGCCUCGGUCGGCGGCACGUAUCUCAACUUCGGGCUGUGGGCCAUCUCCGUGUUCCCCGCGUGGUUGGUGGUCAGGCAGAUUGGCACGACGCUGGGGGAUCGGAAGAGGGAGAGGGAGGAGGAGGCUGCGUUUGACGAGUAG